GAUUACUUCACUAGUUUUUUAACCAAAUUAAAUGAGAACGCCAUUAAUGCCUAACUUUACUUAAACAUGAAACAGGAAGAAAAGACACAAGAAACUGAAUCUACUGAAGAGAUGGCUUAACAAACCCAAAUCAGGCAUUAGGACCACAUAUCUCCUGGAUCACAUCGCUCAUGUCUUAAUUGAUGAUAACAGAGUACAGGACCAGAUUGAAUUUUAGCUGUCAUCCUAUAUGUUUGUUUUGCCCAAUACACACCCACCGAUGACUAAAACCCAUAUAGAAAUUGAGUUGUGGCAGUGAGUCAGCGACUGAUGCGCUCCCAUCUCUGUGACUUAAACAUAUUCAUCCAAGUUAAGUUGAUAACAGUAUCCACCAAACUUUGCUUUUUAAUGUCAUGUCCUUUUCUGAAAUGGGUUCUGCAUUUCUUGGUCUUUGUUUUGUUUUAUGGGAAUAUCAGGCUCUGCAGACGAUGCGACCUAAGAUUUCUCAACUCUAACUCGCAGAAUAUUAUAGGGAUCGUUAUAGGUUUCAAAGUUUAAAAAAAUAGCCUUUUUUUGGUUACUUUUUUUGCUGAACCAAAGAUUUCCAUGUUUGGAUAUCUAUAUGGGAUUGGCUGCUUGGCUUGGUUUAAAGGUAAGACAGAAGAGCAGUCUGAGAGAGACAGUGAAGAGGUAGUACAUCCGUACAGAAAACGGAUUUAAUCAUAUGGGUUUCAAGUGAUUUGUCAAUUGCGAGCCAGAGAGGUAUUGUGAUCUUUGGAUGUUUCAGGUUUGAACUUUGAAGUCGUUGUGAAGAAAGAGGAAUCACUGUCACUACUACGUUGUGAAGCAAAGUAUCUUCUCAGAGUAAGGACUAAGGACUGAGAUACUGGGUUUUGAGAUAAACCCAAGAACUACUUAAAAAAGGAGUAAUAAAUAGAGGUCAUCUCCUCCUAAAGUGUUGGUGAGACUCUGAGAUUGUGAGAGUGAUUCAACAAGGACUUCUUGUUUCUCUCUCAUCAUCAUGUGUUCUUCCGACCAACGAAGGAGAAUAGUACUCUGGUUUACUGUGAUAAGCUUCCUGCAAAUAUUGAGUUGGGUUUCUGCAUCAAGAAGGCUUUCUGCUCCACUUGCUGGAGCUCAUCAACGAGGCCAAAGCCCAGAAUCCUCACCAUUACCAGCUCCCUUUGACAGCAACAAACAGGAUUUUAAAAGCGCUGGAGGGUCAGUGGUGAAUGAAGAAUCAUAUAAAGGACUCAGCACUCUUGGGUCCAGACCGCCAAGCUGUGAUCACAAGUGUGGAGAAUGCAGUCCUUGUGAAGCCAUCCAAGUGCCCACAAAGACUUUUCAUUUUGGUAUCCAAUAUGCUAACUAUGAGCCAGAAGGAUGGAAGUGCAAGUGUGGGACUUCUUUCUUCAACCCCUGAACACUACUGUACAGUUUGAGCAGAAGAGAUUAAAUCACUGUGACCCCAUCUAAUAUAUUAUGAUUCCACAUCUUCUUCCCACUGUAGAAACUUCAGAGCUUUCAAAGCCUCAAACUACAUACCCUGUACUGUAGGCAUAAAUCUUUUUCUCUUUUU